UGGAGAGGGGGGCCAGUGGGCUUUGCCAAAAAUAAAUGUUAAACCAUCAUCUUUUGGACGUUCUUCCUCCCACAACUGCACCAACAUCCCCGCCAUGCUGCUGUUCCUUGCUGAAUGGGAAGAAACCUUCAGCCUGCCCCAGUGGUCAAAAAAUUAAGGCCCCUCACAGAGAACACCUUGCUGAUAGAGUGGUAGCAGUAUGCAGAGAGAAAAGUGCUGCCAAUUUUUUAGAAUGGCUUCCUUUGGGUGGAAGAGGAAGAUUGGGGAGAAGGUUUCGAAGGCCACUUCCCAACAAUUUGAAGCUGAAGCUGCUGAUGACAAAGGUCUAGUUGAUAAUGAUGAUGAUGUUGACUGGCUCCAUGCCACUAAGAGAAGAAAGGAGAUUCUGUUGGAAGACUGCAUGGAGAAAAGUAAACAGCUGAAAGAUGAAGGUGCACGUUUGGCUGAAAAUAGGAGGUACUGGGAAGCUGUUCACAAAUGGGAUGAAGCACUUCAGUUAACUCCAGAAGAUGCUACACUUUAUGAGAUGAAAUCACAGGUCUUGAUGGCUCUACAUGAGAUGUUCCCAGCAGUGCAUGCAGCAGAAAUGGCCAUCCAGAGAAAUCCACAUUCUUGGGAGGCAUGGCAGACUUUGGGACGUGCUCAGCUUGGAUUAGGAGAAAUAGGACUGGCAAUUCGCAGCUUUCAGGUGGCCUUGCACAUCUGUCCAAUGAGCCCUGAACUAUGGAAGGAAGACCUUACCUGGGCAAGAAAGCUGCAUGAUCAGCAAAAGAAAGCAACAAAGACUAAGGCGAUGCAAGCUGAGGCAAAAGAAGCAGAUGUUGCCCAUGACUCAAUCCCAGACUAUGACUUUGAAAGUGAUGAGAUUGUGGCAGUUUGUGCAGCUAUCGCGGAGAAGGAGAAAACUGUUUCAGCAACUAAAACAGUAGUGAUUGUGUCUGCUUCGGGCACAGUAGAGACCAUAACUGAGAAGGAGGAAUGUACUACAACCCCCGAUGAUGCCGUUUUUAUCAGAGCCCGAUAGUGCAGCAUAAUCUUUUGCUGGUAUUCUUUUGAAAUCUAACGUUAUUUAUCAAGUGUUGGAAGAAUUUUUUUUAGCAGCAGUGGAACAGGGUAAAAUAGAAGGGGUCAUUAUUUCUGAAGUAGCUUUUUCAGAGGAAAAGUGUUUUAAAGAAAACGUGAAAAAACAACAGAUAAGCGAAGACCUGAAUUCCUGCUGCAUCCAUACUAUCAACUAGGCGUUGAUAUUAAAACCCAUAUUGUAAGACUUCACAAAUAUAAUUUGAAAACACUAAUUACAUUAUCAUAACUGCUUUCAUCCAACUCAAUUUCUUAACUGCACAGUCUAAACAACAUCUGCUGUUUCUCGUGUAAUUAAUUAUCAGUUACUUAAAAAGAAAACGGAAAAGAGAAAGUUGAUUUAAGUAUUACAGCUCACACGUGUUAAUAAUUAACAUUAUAGAUCAACACAAUUGAAGUGUGACUCUGAAAGCUUGUUCUCAGAAGUCUUUAUUUUCAAUAGGGGAUAGAGUUUUUUAUGAAGAAGUUACAGAUCACAGAUACUCCUUGUAAACCUGGGGUCAGAUUCCAAGCCCAUGUCUUACCUUGACCCAUCCCAGUAUACUUAAGUAUAUCUCCUUAUACGUCACAGUACAUAAAAUGUUAGGAGUCCCCAGUGCACAAUGCACAAUGGGGAAUGGAUUAGGAAUAGAUCUUUAGAUGUAACUCUUUUGUGCUAUGAUGAUUUUACAGUAAGACUACAAAGAAGGGAAUCUAUUGCUGUGUUGUUUGGUCACAUUCCCUGUGAUAUGGCAUUGCACUCAUAAAGAGUUAGAUGAUUUUUUGUUUUUAACAGGCCACUUAUUCAGGAUAGCAUUUAUUCCUGUUGCUUUGUGGGGACUGUGUACACUUGCUAAAAUAAAUGAACAAAAUACAUCUUGUGCUGCACACAAGGAACACAGAAUGCUUCAUUUUGUUUGCUUGCUGGUUAAUUCUAAAAUUUCAGUAAUUCAUAAUGGAUCUCCCUUUCAUGGGUGGGGUUCUAAUGUAUAGAACACCCAUAUAUAGGAUGUGUGUGUUUAUAAUCUUUCCCUUCUGUGACAAAAAACAGUUAAAGCUUUUUGUUUUGUAAUUUGGAAAACGUAUCUUCUCCAGGACUGAUAUUCAUAGGCUAAAUUUCAGCUCAGAUUAAAUUUUCCUUAAUUCCCCAAAGACAGGCUUUAUAAUAGAACUAUUGAUAAACCUAUACUUGUUGCAACAGCAGGCACUGUAAAACUGUUUUACUAUAUAUGUACUAUACAGCCAUGAAGGGGUCAUCUUGUUAUUGCACAGCCUCAAGAGGAUCAUUGUUCCACUAAGGUAAUGUUGGCACUGAGAGGGAUCAGAGCAGAUCUUUCAGGUACAGGAAAAUUCUCCUAUUUGAAGAUUUGUUCCUGGGGCUGUAAUUCUACUUGUAUACAUUGAUAGGAUAUAUUUGCUAUGUCUCACUUGGAGAGAAUUGGACUAGAUAACCUUGAUAUGUCUUUUCAUUCUAUGCCUUCCAGUGUGUGGUACAUUCAUGGGUGCAAAGGGUUUUUCUCCUUCCUCCUGUCCCAAGUUUAUAUAAACCCAUAUCUGCUCCCAUUGAAAUUAGUUGUAAAAUUCUCAUUGACUUCAGAGGUGCAGUGUCAGGCUCAUGAAAGGAUGCCCUUGCAUACUGUCAACUUGGGUGGAUUGUUGGGCCAGGUUUGAGAGGUCUGCACUUACAUCCCAAAUAUACAGAACAUGUGUUUCCCUCUAGAUUAGAUUAGAUUAUUAGUUCCAGGUAGUGAGGUGAGCAGUAACGUCUUGUAUGAGGGAGCACCUAGCACACUUCUUGUGAUGGUGUGUUAUUCCCAAAUUGGGAAGUUUGACAUCUGGUGCUAUGAACCUCAUUCUAAUGUUGUACAGUGUUUUGUGUUUUGCAUGCUUAGGUCUUGCUUGUUGGAUAUCUCCAUAUUGUAAAUAAAGCGUGGACUUCCCUGCCUAUCA